UGUUCCCGGGGCUGCUGGAGUGAUGAAGAGCCCCGGUACCCGGGGAGAGGAGGGGGGAGCCGGACACUCCGGUCUGAUGGAUGACAGUCACUGACAGCUCACAAGUAGCUGCAAUGGGGUGGAUUUCAUUGCCAGUUGUGUACCUUGGUAUUACACUCUGCCAAGUGUUGUCUGCACACGAGAAUCAUACAACCGCCUCCUAUUUCAACACGCCAAAUACUACAGAAUCCACGCAGCAUGAUACCUCGUCGUUGCUGACAUCAGUCCUGGUACCGUUGCUGGUUUGUUUUGCGCUUAUUAUCCUGGCUGGGUACCUUUUAAGGUCCAGGAAAAGCCGUAAAGCCGACGUCAGCUCCGGGGACAAGAAGAGCGGGAUCUUGGAAGAACAAGAGCAGCAGAGAGUGUUGUUAAUCAGCAAUUCCCCCACUGUUAGCAAGACCUACUUCCCUAUCCCGGUGGAGAGGUUGGAGGAGGAGAUCAGGAUAAGAUCAGCUGACGAUGGGAAGCUCUUUCGGGAGGAGUAUAACUCAUUGCAGAUGGGAAAUCCUCAAGGAUCCUUCGAAAUGGCCAACAGAGACGAGAACAAGGACAAGAACAGAUACCCCAACAUUCUGCCGUAUGACCACUCCAGAGCCGUGUUGACGCCGAUUGAAGGAUGCGUAUGUUCAGACUACAUUAACGCUUCAUACAUUGAUGGCUAUAAAGAGAAAAACAAAUUCAUAGCAGCUCAAGGUCCCAAGCAAGACACAGUCAACGACUUUUGGAGGAUGAUCUGGGAACAGAAGUCGGCGACCAUAGUCAUGCUCACCAACGUGAAAGAAAGAAAAGAGGACAAAUGUUACCCAUACUGGCCUGACCAAGGCUGCUGGAUUUACGGUAACAUCAGAGUCUCUGUGGAGGACGUUAUUGUCCUUGUAGACUACACGAUACGAAAGUUCUGCAUACAACCUGUCCACGAUGGCUGCAAGGCCCCCAGACUGGUGACACAAUUGCACUUUACCAGCUGGCCUGACUUUGGAGUCCCUUUCACACCCAUCGGCAUGCUGAAAUUCCUUAAAAAAGUCAAAUUUCUCAAUCCUGCCCAUGCCGGACCCAUCGUCGUUCACUGCAGUGCUGGUGUUGGCCGGACGGGAACCUUUAUUGUGAUAGAUGCCAUCAUAGACAUGAUGAAUGAAGAGAAGAAGGUGGACGUGUUUCAUUUUGUUUUGAAAAUCCGCAGCCAGCGGCCUCAAAUGGUUCAGACUGAUAUGCAGUAUUCAUUCAUCUACCAAGCCUUACUCGAAUACUACCUCUAUGGAGACACAGAACUCGAUGUGGCCUCUUUAGAAAAACACCUUCAGACUCUGUACAGCCCUGCACCUCACUAUGAGAAAACCGGCCUCGAGCAGGAGUUCAAAAAACUGACGAAUGUCCGAAUAAUGAAGGAGAACAUGAGGACCGGUAACCUGCCAGCAAACAUGAAGAAAGCCAGAGUCAUCCAGAUCAUCCCAUAUGACUUCAAUCGAGUGAUUCUACCAAUGAAGAGGGGUGAAGAAUACACGGACUAUAUUAACGCAUCAUUCAUCGAUGGCUAUCGACAGAAAGACUAUUUCAUUGCGACACAAGGACCACUGCCGCAUACGGUGGAAGAUUUCUGGAGGAUGGCGUGGGAGUGGAAGUGUCACACGAUUGUCAUACUGACGGAACUGCAGGAAAGGGAGCAGGAGAAAUGCUGCUCGUACUGGCCGUCUGAAGGUUCUGUCACCUAUGGAGAGAUCACUAUAGAAAUAAAGAAUGAUCGUUUACUAGACACAAUCAGUGUCAGAGACUUCCUAGUGAGCAGUAACCAGGAGAAGCAGACACGCCUGGUCCGUCAGUUUCACUUCCAUGGAUGGCCAGAAAUAGGAAUUCCUCAAGAAGGCAAAGGAAUGAUCGACCUGAUCGCAGCUGUCCAGAAACAACAGCAACAGACGGGGAACCAUCCCAUCAUUGUGCACUGCAGCGCUGGUGCUGGAAGAACGGGAACAUUUAUCGCCCUCAGCAAUAUCCUGGAGCGGGUAAAAGCCGAAGGGUUACUAGAUGUUUUCCAGACGGUGAAAAGUUUACGCAUGCAAAGGCCACACAUGGUGCAAACACUGGAACAGUAUGAAUUUUGCUACAAAGUGGUACAAGAUUUUAUUGACAUCUUUUCCGAUUACGCCAAUUUCAAAUGAAGGAGCUGGUCUGGUUUCUGCACUGACCUAAAGGAUAUUAUAUAUUUUUCGGUUGUUUUUUUGUUUUUUUUAAUCUUGCUCCUGGUUUUAAAGCUUUUGUAUUCUCUUCUGCUACCAAAUAACAAAAUGUUUUAAGUUUCUCUUUCUAUGUUUAGUAUGAUGUUGUAUAGAGAUUCCAAUACAAACCUUCACCAAGUGGAGGAAAUGAUAUAUGUACAUUACUGUAUAUAUGUAUUUAUUUACAACAAGGCAUGUAUAUUACCCUGACAUAUUUUUCUUAAUGGCCGUGUGCUUUUUAUGACAUAAAUACGAUAUG